GCUCCAACCAGAUAGAUGGCAAGAGAAUGAGCAUGGUUAUCCCUAUGGAACACCACAGAAUGAAAGAUGAUCUUGCAACAUUUCCAUUAUUAUUAUUACGGAACAGACGCAUUAAUGGAUCAUCCAGUCGUGCACAAGUUGAGAUGAGAGUUGGCUGACGUCGAUGCCAUGGAGAGGAGAGAAAAUUAUUGUUCUUGGAGUUAGUCGUACUUCUCCUCCUCCUUCCUGCUUUAUAUCCUUAUUUUUAACCUCUUCAUCUUCUUUCUCCGCUUGUGUUGGGAUCUGCAACCUACCCUCUCCAUAGGAAGUGGCGGAAAUCCUUCCGAUCCAAGCGGGCUGAAGGCAGACAGAGUCGUCGGGAAGUAAGGAGGGCGAUGUCGUCGAGCUCGCCAUGCGCGGCGUGCAAGCUCUUGAGGCGUAAGUGCACGCCCGAGUGCAUAUUUGCACCACAUUUUCCGCCGGACCAGCCGGCGAAGUUCGCCAACGUGCAUCGAGUCUUCGGGGCGAGCAACGUCGCGAAGCUGCUCAAGCAACUCCGCCCAGAGCAGCGCGAGGACGCGGUGGCGUCACUGUCAUACGAGGCGGAGGCGCGGCUGCGUGACCCCGUCCACGGGUGUGUCGGCUAUAUCUACCUCCUCCAGCACAAGCUCAAGGAGGUGCAGCAUGAUCUGAGUAACGCGAAGCGGGAGCUCUCCACCUACAUUGGCCCCGUCGCGUUCGGGCCCAAUCUUCCCCAUCAGUACCAUCACCAGCUACAGGGGGUUUCUCCGUCGCCAUUUGGGAUUCGGGGGAUGGGUAUUGGAACGGGGCUGGCACUCUCGGCGCCUGCUACAUGGCCCCAGGGGCAGAUGCUGAUCAUGAGCGAGCAGCAUCAGCAUCAAAGGCAGCAAAUGCCAGAGAUGCACCAGGCCGCAGUGGAAACCCCCGUGGCUGCAAGAGAGCAGGAGAUGUUCACCAGUUACCCACAGAUCCAGGGGUAUGAUCGGAUGGCCGGUGGCGCUGCAGUUGUGGCUACAGUCUCAGCACAGCUGUUCAACAGCCCAUCUGCAGCAGAGCAGCGGCAUCCGCAACCUCAGCAAUACGCUGAGCGACUAUGGGCGAAGGCUAGGGGUGAGGGGAGGAGCGGAGUAAACCCUUCUGCUUGAAGAAAACAAAGGAGAACGACGAAACGAGCAAUGUCUUGAGACCUCUCCCACCUCGAGGUGCGGAUUCUCCUCUCACAUCACACAUGCAAUAGGCUACAUAGACUGAAUCAUAUGUCUCUGCAACCUACACCGUUCAUUCAAUUACAUUUACAAAUAGAUUUUAAUUUAAAUUGUUAUGUGCAUGAGAUGAUCGACAUUAGGGUGUUUCAAGAGGCAGGAGAAGUCCCUAUUACAUUGUAUCUCUUCAAUGAGCCGAAAGCUAUCAUACCCUGUUGCACCGUCGAGCAUAGGAGAUGUAGGAGGAGGGAAGACUGUCGAAUGGAACAAGCAAAGUGAAUGGUGUGCAGGAUUACAGUGCAGAAGUAGCAGUCAUAAGCAGUAGUUCGCAGCGGAAAUGGAGUCAGAUAAACAUUGCCUCUCUCUUCGCCUUGGUCAUCAAGAAGAUGUCAUCCUCUUGAAGCUCCCCAGUUGAGUCAUUUUGCCUUCUGCAGUGUGUUGGUUCAUGUGACUGCAGUACCUUCCCUUCUGAGAUAUCAUUAAUUAUAUAUGGAUGGAUCACUUCUUCCUCCACAACCAGCUGGUAUCUUUGCUUUUCUUCUUUGCCUUCAGUUUUUCUUCCCCUUCAAUCAUUCUGGUUUGAAUCUUUUUUUGGUGUUUCAUUUAUUGUUUGCACUGGCUGCCUGAGGGAUUUGAUAGUGCUGUUUGUACUCUAUAAAGAAGCUUAUCUGGCUACACUCCUUAGGUUUCAAAUGCUAAGUUUCAU